CAAGGGCGCCUGCGCCGGAGGUGCGGAGCGCGGCGGAGCGGGACGGAGCGAAGUGAAACAAAACAAGCGGGGCUUUGUAGCGCCUUAAAGGCGCCGCGUCCGCUCCCGCGGAGAGAGAGAGAGCGGAGGAGGAAGGAGAGAAAACAAAGCGGCCCCGCGGCGGUGGAGACAGGGAGGGCGAGAAGGAGCCGGAUUUGCUUACUGAGCACUUUUUAAAUUUUUACUUUUUUUUCUUUCUUUCUUUCAGUUUUUAUUUUUAUUUUUUUAUUUUUUGAAGUCCCUUCCGCGGGCGCGGAGCCAUGCGGGCGCGGCGCCGGCGGUGAUGGCUGUGAGCGGGCGGCGCGAAGCGGUCUAUGAAGCGGCGGGUCGGAGCCCCUGCGCACCUGCUUAACGCGCCGCCGCGGGCGCGGAGAGCCGCGCAGCACCAUGUCGCGGGUCGUCCAGAAGAAGAACCACUGGGCCAGCCGGGUGCGGCAGUGCGCGCUGAGCCGCGGGCCCGGCGGGCAGCUGGGCUUCGUCCUGCUGGGCGGCGCGGAGCACGGCGAGUUCCCCUACGCGGGAGCGGUGGCAGCGGGAGGCGGCGAGCAGGCGCUGAGCGAGGGGGAGCUGCUGCUGGAGGUGCAGGGGGUGCGCGUGUCCGGGCUGCCGCGCUACGACGUGCUGGAGGUGAUCCGGAGCUGCAAGGAGCCCAUCGUGGUGAAAGCCGUCAAACAAGGAAGCAGACUGAACAAAGACCUGAGACAUUAUCUCAACCAGAGGUUUCAGAAAGGAUCGCCGGAUCACGAUCUACAACAGACUAUUAGAGAUAACCUUUAUCGCCAUGCUGUGCCUUGCACAACCCGUCCUCCGAGAGAAGGAGAAGUGCCUGGUGUGGACUAUAACUUUCUGACUGUGGAGGAGUUUCUGGAGUUGGAGCGAAGUGGGACCCUCCUGGAAGUAGGAACCUAUGAAGGUAACUAUUAUGGAACGCCCAAGCCUCCCAGCCAGCCCCUCAGUGGGAAAGUGACUUCCACCGAUGCUCUGCAAAACCUGCAGUCUGGCUCCAAGCAGUCGACUCCAAAGCGAACCAAGUCUUACAAUGAUAUGCAAAAUGCUGGCAUAGUGCACACAGAGAAUGAGGAAGAGGAUGAUGCACCUGAAAUGAGCAGUAGCUUCACAGCAGAGUCUGGUGACCAAGACGAUCAUCACACGCAUAUCGUCAGAGAGACAGCCCCACCGUCUGCGAUUGAUAGCCACACCAAUCUUCCCACCACGGAACCAUCUCAGAGCCUCCCUCAAUACCUACCUCCUUCUGCCGAGGAUAACCUAGGUCCUCUGCCAGAAAACUGGGAGAUGGCCUACACCGAGAACGGAGAAGUCUAUUUUAUAGACCAUAAUACAAAAACAACAUCUUGGCUAGAUCCACGGUGCCUGAGCAAACAGCAGAAGCCUCUAGAAGAAUGUGAAGAUGAUGAAGAAGGGGUACACACGGAGGAACUGGACAGUGAACUAGAGUUGCCUGCUGGUUGGGAGAAAAUUGAGGAUCCCGUAUAUGGUGUCUACUAUGUAGACCACAUCAACCGGAAGACGCAAUAUGAGAACCCGGUUCUUGAAGCAAAGAGGAAGAAGCAGCUUGAACAACAGCAGCAGCAGCCACCAGAAGAAUGGACAGAGGAGUGUCCAUCUCUCCCACCACCCGCUGCUCCAAACCUUGUUUCAAACAACCAAGAGGCAGUUCGGGAAGCACCAGUGCAAGGGAAACCUUUUUUUACAAGAAACCCUUCUGAGUUGAAAGGGAAGUUCAUCCACACCAAGCUAAGGAAAAGCAGCAGGGGGUUCGGCUUCACCGUCGUCGGAGGAGAUGAGCCAGAUGAAUUUCUGCAGAUCAAAAGUUUGGUGCUUGAUGGCCCUGCGGCGCUGGAUGGCAAAAUGGAGACAGGGGACGUCAUAGUCAGCGUGAACGACACCUGUGUGCUGGGGCACACUCACGCCCAAGUUGUGAAAAUCUUCCAGUCCAUCCCCAUUGGUGCCAGCGUGGACCUCGAACUGUGCCGAGGCUACCCCCUGCCCUUCGAUCCCGAUGACCCCAACACGAGCCUGGUGACUUCCGUGGCAAUUUUGGACAAAGAGCCGAUCAUUGUGAACGGGCAGGAAAAUUAUGACUCCCCAGCCAGCCACAGUAGUAAAACAGGGAAAGUCAAUGGCACAAAGGAAGCGAGACCCAGCAGCCCAGCUGAGGUCUCCUCCAACGGACCCCAUGGGUACCCCAAUGACACAGUCUCUUUGGCGUCUUCAAUAGCAACACAACCUGAACUGAUAACCGUGCAUAUAGUGAAAGGGCCCAUGGGCUUUGGCUUUACUAUAGCAGACAGUCCCGGUGGGGGUGGCCAAAGAGUGAAACAGAUUGUGGACAGCCCAAGAUGCCGGGGCCUGAAGGAGGGUGACCUUAUAGUCGAAGUCAACAAGAAGAAUGUGCAGAGCCUCACUCACAACCAGGUGGUGGAUAUGCUGAUUGAAUGUCCGAAGGGAAGUGAGGUCACGUUGCUGGUGCAGCGAGGAGGACUGCCGGUCCCAAAGAAGAGCCCAAAGUCGCAACCACUUGAAAGGAAAGACAGCCAAAACAGUUCUCAGCACAGCGUCUCCAGCCACCGCAGCGGGCACACCGCGUCCCCGGCUCACAGCACACAGGUGCUGCCCGAGUAUCCUGCCGCCGAGCCGCCGGCUGCCGACCAACCCGACGCUUCUGGGCAGAAAAAGCCAGAUCCGUUCAAAAUCUGGGCCCAGUCCAGGAGCAUGUAUGAAAGCCGACGUGAGUAUGAAACAGCUAUGUCACCUUCGCCUGCAACUGGACUGAGCAAGGGUGAGAGAGAGAGAGAAAUCAAUUCCACGAGUUUUGGAGAAUUUCCAGAUUACCAAGAGCAGGAUAUCUUUCUAUGGAGAAAGGAAACCGGUUUUGGAUUUAGGAUUCUGGGUGGAAAUGAGCCUGGAGAACCUAUUUACAUCGGUCACAUUGUACCGUUGGGUGCUGCUGAUGCUGACGGCCGCCUGAGGUCAGGCGAUGAGCUGAUCUGUGUGGAUGGGACGCCUGUGGUUGGGAAAUCACACCAGCUUGUUGUCCAGCUUAUGCAACAGGCAGCCAAGCAAGGUCACGUCAAUCUGACCGUCAGGCGCAAAGUAGUUUACACAGUCCCCAAGGCAGAAAACGAAGUCCCAUCCCCAGCCUCUUCCCACCACAGCAGCAACCAACCGGCCUCGCUGACAGAGGAGAAGCGAACGCCGCAGGGCAGCCAGAACUCCCUCAACACCGUCAGCUCGGGCAGCGGCAGCACCAGCGGCAUCGGCAGCGGCGGCGGAGGCGGCAGCGGCGUGGUGAGCGCCGUGGUCCAGCCCUACGACGUGGAAAUCCGCCGCGGUGAGAACGAGGGCUUCGGUUUCGUCAUCGUGUCGUCGGUGAGCAGGCCGGAGGCGGGGACGACGUUCGCGGGAAAUGCAUGUGUGGCCAUGCCUCACAAAAUAGGUCGGAUAAUUGAAGGGAGUCCCGCAGACCGCUGUGGCAAGCUGAAAGUAGGCGAUCGCAUCUUGGCCGUCAAUGGGUGCUCCAUCACCAACAAGUCGCAUUCAGACAUCGUCAACCUCAUUAAGGAAGCGGGAAACACCGUUACUCUGCGCAUCAUUCCAGGAGAUGAAUCCUCCAAUGCUACUUUAUUGACCAAUGCAGAAAAAAUUGCUACAAUUACAACCACACAUACUCCUCAGCAAAUACCACAGGAGACCAGCAGGAACAACACAAAACCAAAGCAGGAAUCCCAGUUUGAUUUCAAACCACCCCAAGCAGCACAGCAGGACCAAGAUUUUUACACUGUUGAGCUGGAAAGAGGAGCCAAAGGGUUUGGCUUCAGCCUGCGAGGCGGCCGGGAGUAUAAUAUGGAUCUGUAUGUGCUGCGGCUAGCUGAGGAUGGGCCAGCUGAGAGAUGUGGGAAGAUGAGGAUUGGUGAUGAAAUUCUAGAGAUCAACGGGGAAACUACCAAGAACAUGAAGCAUGCUCGGGCCAUCGAACUGAUUAAAAAUGGUGGCCGCAGGGUCCGCCUGUUUCUGAAACGUGGAGAUGGCUCUGUCCCAGAAUAUGUGUCUUACCAACCUUUGCAACAUAUGGUUAAUUGCCUCGCUUGUACUGAAUUUUCUACACAUUUCAUCCUUUGCUUGCUUCCAUGGACUUGGGGCGCAGUGUAAGGCAAGAUCAUCAUAGCAGUAUUUUUUGGUGAUCAGAGAGGAAAACAAAACAAAACAAAACCUUAUUGUCUUGUCCAGCCAAACAAGGAAUGUCAUUGAACUGUGCCAAACUGUUUCUCAGCGGCUGAAAUGUUGUUCAAAUAGGUCUCUACUUCUAAUCAAUGCAAAAACUGGGAUGCUGAGUUGUUAUUCUGAAGCAGUGAUUAUUUAUUUAUUUUUUGGUUAGGAUUUUCUCUUAGUUCCUGUCUGUAUUCAUAGACACGAAUGCCAAGAUGGCUUACGGGAUUUUGCCUUCCCUUAAUAUUUAUGUAAAUAUUUAUAAAGUUAUUUAAGGAAAAAAGGAAAAGAAAAAAAAAAGCUUUACUGCAAAAAAUAUAUUGAUUUGGCCUCCUGAGCCCUUUUCUCCCCCUGUAAACAGUCUGCUGGUUUCAACUUGUUAAUUCAUAAGGUCUGAAAAGGCGUGGAAGUUAUGAAAAGGUGCUCUCGUCUCUGUGGUGGGGGAACAUUCAGCCCUUGUUUCUCACUAAGAAUUGCAUUAGAAUUCCUUUUCUUCCCCUGGAGGUUGGAUUGCUGGGUGGCUUAACAUAGCACACUAUUUAAUAUUACAAUUAUGUCUUAUUUAUUUGAGAUAAUUGUCAUAUAUUGUGCCCUCGAUGGAGGGCUACUCCCAACCAAAGGUCUUUGAGGUUUCUAAGGAAACUGAUGAUUGAAGGGAUGUCCUUUACAUUUUUCUCCCCUUAUUUGGGUUCUUUCUGUGUCAGUAAGAUAUGUGUUUAUCAUUCGCUCCAUGUUCUAGUAUCAAAACCAAAAUCAUUCUGCACAAUUUAUGAACUAGAUUUUCUUUUCAUUUACUGUACAAGGUUUGAGAGUUUCUGCUCACUCUGUUCACUACUUAACUUAAAAUGACAGAUUCAGAGUAUGACCAACCAACAAUUGAAGUAUUUAACAAUACAAAAGGGAAGUUGUGGGUUUAUACUUCUGUAAUAUACAUAGCACACCAGAAGGUUCAAUGAUGGCACUGAAAUUCUGUAAUGUUCUUUCUACUUUUGUCUUUUCCUAUACUCCUUUGGAUGUACAGUACUGUAUCAUAUGCUAGACUGCAUCAAUACCCUGUAAAUUAAGUGCUUCACAUCUCAAAGCGUAUGUCUGUUGCACUGAGGAUGAAAAUCCAACACCAGUUUUCUUUUGGCUAAUGCUAAACCACUAAACGUUCAUUCUCCAUGCAAGGAUUUAAUAUACAGGGGCUGCACUACUUACUGUAAAGAAUAUCCUUGUAACAUUUGGGACUCCUUCCUCUCUUUGUUCUGUUCGCUGCAGUCACAAAUGGUUCCUCUAAUAAUGUUAAGUUCCAAUAUUUUUCUGACUUGAUUGGAACGUGCUUCUCUAUGAGGCUGUAUAUUUUUGUAAUGAGUUUUGUACUUAUUUUUAAUGUUGUGGUCUCUGGUGGACUUUAUUUUUCGUCGUUGUUUGAUUGUUAAUGUUUUUUCUAUGACAUUCUGUGUCGCUGUUCCAGCUGUCUUUUAGAAUGGAUGCUCUCGUUGUCUGGGUUAUCGAAUCACCUCUUAGAUGUCUCUUUAUGUCACAAUAAUAACAACCGCUGUCUUUGCAGCCUUAUAUUUGGGUGAAGCCUAGACAAUCUGACUGGAAAAAUAAACUUUCUUUAUUCUAAGAUAAAAUAUGAAGAUUUUUCUUUCUUUCACCUUUAAUAUAGGGAAUCUAAAUUUUCUACUUUUCUCUUUCUCUUUCUCUUACUUUUCUUGGUGCUGGGCUCUUCCU